UCUGCGAAGUCCAAAUCAUCUAAAUUAUUCUGAGCUGUCCAUUGUAUUCUGUGUUUCCCCUCAGAAGUUGAAGUCUUCAUAUCCCAGUUUGUCACCAGAAGAAAGAGGAAGAGGGAGAGUAGACAACCUUGUCUAACUCCGGUAGCUGGAAUAAAGCUUAGUUUAAAUUACAGUGCAAGAAAUAUCAAAAAUCUAUAAAACAAGGUAUAAUACUUUCAAUCUUCAUUAACAAUUAAAUUCUGAUUGGUUAUUUGAUUUAGACCAAUCAAAAUUUUAGAAAAAAAAAACAAAUUAUCUCAUUUCAAUUUUAAUUUUAUAUUAUUCACUUCAUAAAAUCAUGCUUAAUUAAACUUACCGAUUUAUUCUAAACUAUGCUUGCUUCUUCUGUAAUUAUUGAAAAUAUUCCAUUAAUACCAAUGACACCACAAAUUGUUAUAGAAAUACCAACAAAUUCCCCUGAAGAAUCAAAUUAUAAUAGUAAAUCUAAUUUAAAUUCUAGUUUAAUGAAUAAUUUAUUUAUACAACCAAAGAAUCAUGGUUGGACAUCUGGUACAUCAAGUCCAGGAUUAUGUUUACAAAAUUUAUUAACACCAUAUUAUUGGCCAACAAAUCAACGUCACCUAUUAUCAACAUAUGAAAAUUCUUUAAGUCAUGGAAAUCUUAAAGAUGAUGAUAUCAAUAGAACACCUUCACCAAUGUUAUUUACAUCAUCUUCAUCAUCAUCGCCAAUAUCUUCAUUACAUAAUACAAAUCAAUAUAGAAAUUCAUAUUGUUGUAUUACAAAUCCGGGUAAAACAAAAUAUUAUCCAUCAUUGGAUAAGGAUCAACAUUCUAGUUCCACUUCAUUAAUAUCAAAUUAUAAUUUAAAUAAAUCUUUAUACUUAGAUACAGAUCAUUAUAUCUAUCAACAAAAACAAUAUCUUCAAUCUGAUAGAUUAUCUCAUAUACAUAGAUCAUUUAAAACUAAAUCUAUUCAUAAUCCAUCUAAUCGUUCUAUAAGUCCAUAUUCUUUCUAUAAUUAUUCACAAUGUAUACCUUAUAUAUCAACGGAUAAUCAUUAUAGUGAUAUAGAUUUUAUAAAUUAUCAUAAUGGAAAUCAUUAUUCCGAUAGUGUAUAUCUAUCUAAAAUGAUGUUAUCUAAAAUACAAAAACAAACUAUACGUCGUACAUCAUCACCAUUAUCAUAUCAUAGUUUAAUGAUAUCAUCACAGAUAUUAUGUAAUUCAUCAAUUACUACAACUACCUCAUCUAAUAAUAACAAUAAUAAUAAUAAUAAUAAAUCAAGUUUCCUUAGUAACUAUCCAUGUAACCGUUCCACCAUUCGACAGUUAUCCACAGUACAACGUUCUAAUUCUUUACCAGAAUUAUCAACCAUUAUAAAAUAUAAUGAAUAUAAAAUUAAUUCAACUAUAAAAUAUUAUACAAAAAAAAUGAAAAAAAAUGAAAAAACUAAUGAUCUAUGGUAUAAACAUAAAUCUAUAGGGAGGUCAUGUAAUUUUCAAUUAACUCCAUUACAAUCUAAUUAUAUGUUACCAUGUCAACAAAAAUUAUAUUUAUCACCUUCUAUGAAUCAUCGUCGACAUACAGAAGGUUGUAGUCAUAAACCAAAUACAUCAUUAUUAUUAUUACAAUCAAGUCGUCGUUCAAAUUCUGUAUGUUCACAAAAUCAUUGUGAUUUUAAUAUGAAUAAUCAUAAUAUUACUCAUGAAAAUAUUAUUAGUAGUAUGCGCAAUGUGAAUUUUAUCCAUAAUAAUCGUAAUGAUUUAUAUGUUUCUAAUCAAUCAUUCAUUCGAUCUUCUAAUAGUCAACUAAUGAAUGAUUGUAAUCAUCAUAUACAACCAUCUAUAUCACUUUUAGUAAAUUCAAAUUUAGGUAAUAAUAAUGAUCCAAUUGUAAAUCCCAUUGAUUUAGACUUAAAUAAAACUGACAUUGUGCAGAAUGGAACGGAGUUACAUGUGAAGAAAGGUGAUUCAUUUACACAUUGUCUAUGUUCAUUAAUUGUGUUAUUAGUAUGUAUGCAAUUAUUUCUUGGUACUAUAUCUACUGCACUUGGAUUAUUUUUAACAUGGAAAGUACCUGAAUUAAAUCCUAUGGAAUGUGCUUAUUUAUCUGGUAUACCUCUUAUUAUCUCUGGUUUAGUUGGAAUGUGCAUUUGUUUUCGGCAUAGAUUUCCUUCAAUCUCACCACAAUUUAUGAAUGUUAUCCAAAUUACCUCUGGUAUCUUAUCAUUAAGUUGUUUUGCAAUAUGCCUUAUAACAAGUAUAUAUUCUGGUAAAAAAGGUAAUUUAAUUGCAUCUUAUGAUAAUACAUGUAAAACAAUUACAAUAGAACAAUAUAAACAAACAAAACAAUUUUAUAAUAAUAUAUCAUUUAAUAAUAAAAUAAUCAAUAAUAGUCAUCAUCAAUCAAUCAAUCAAUUAAUCAAUAAUUCAAAUUUUAAUAAACAAUCGAUAAAAUCAUCAUCAUCAACAUCUUGUUGUUAUGAAAUUAUUAAAAAUACAUGUGAAUGUUAUAUAAAUCAUUAUAAUCAAUAUAUAGAAUAUUAUCAUAAUAUAUCAUGUCAUUUAUUAUUAUCAUCAAUUAAAGAUUAUAUUAUAUUACAAUCAGCAUUAAUGUGUAUUGGUUCUGGUGUAUCAUUAUGGUUAUGGUUUAUAUUUAUUGAAAAUAAAUUAAAAUUAUUAUUAAUUAAUAAUCAAUAUACAAGAAUAAGUUUUUCAUCAAUAACAAAUAAUCAAUUAAUUAAUACUUGAUAUAUUGAUUGUUUAUUAAAUUAAUUAAUUAAAUCAAUAAAUUAAUAAAUUAUUAAUUAAAAUUUAGAUAAACA